AUGGAGAAAACUGGUGCUGGGAUGGCAUUUUCCAACUUAGGGCAAACGAGAGUUGACCCGUCGUUGUCAGAUUCAUCGUGGGAGAGGUAUCCGGUGGGGUUCAUGGAGUUACUAGGCGUUCAUCAUCAAGACAGCUCUCGUUAUGCCUUGUCCCAUAUACCGCCGAUGCAGCUAACGGCAACACCUAACCCGUCGUCGCCCAUCUCAUAUGCUUUGUGCGAAGCUGUGACCGGAGAGGAAAACAAUAGAUACUACCAGGAACAUGAAGAUGACGAAGAAGAACAGAAACACAAGAGAAAUAAGCGGUUUAAAUCAACGAGGAGUAGUGAACAGACGAAAAUGAAAGCGCCAAGAGUGUCAUUCAUCACGAAGAGCCUAGUUAAUAACCUAGACGAUGGUUAUAAAUGGAGAAAAUACGGACAAAAACCUGUCAGAAACAGCCCUUUUCCUAGGAGUUACUACCGUUGCACAAUAUCUUGUUGUAACGUGAAGAAGAGAGUGGAGAGAUCAUUCACUGACCAAAGCUGUGUAAUCACAACCUACAUAGGUCAACACACGCAUCCUAGACCACUCAUCUUGUCUAGACAAGGCAGCUUUGGUUCUGAUGGCCCAGCUUCUGAGUCCUACUUUGACGUGACCCCUACACUCCCUUCUCAGCUUCACCAGCCUUUCGAUUACAACAACCAUCAUCAACACCAAAGUCAAGGGUUGUAUCUUUUUGGAACCGAGUACCUUAGCAGACAAGAAAAAGAACUUAAUCAUGACGAUGAAUAUGAUGAUCAUUUGAUUAAGACGAGUCGAACUCAGGAUCUGCUCGAUGGAGCUGGUUUAGUCAAAGACAAUGGCCUUCUUCAAGAUGUUGUUCCAGCUCAUAUCAUCAACGAAGAGUAUUAG